AUUAAUUAACAUAAUAUGUGCCUCUAACAUCAUUUAAAUAAAUGUAGUUUUGCUUUACGUUCGUCGGCUUACACACUUUACAAAUAGUUUCAAAUUCAAUAAAUCAUCGAAAUAUUAUUUUAAUGAUUGUUUUCGAACGCUGCCAUAAGAGUAUGACACUACUAUUGGACUGAGACCACUGAACUCACUGAAGUAUGAUACCUAAGACCCUCGAAGUCAUUGAGAGUGGAGCAAUGAAGCCAAUUAUCAUCGUGCAUGGAGGGGCUGGUGAUAUUUCUGAGAGUCGUAUUCAAGGAAAGUUUGAUGGAGUUAAAGUCGCAGUCAGGGCUGGCUAUGAAAAGUUGAUGAAUGGUGGCAAUGCUUUAGAUUCAGUUGAAGCUGCUGUUGUCUCUAUGGAAUUGGAUGAAAAUUUUAAUGCAGGAUAUGGAUCUGUAUUAAACUUAAAUGGCGAAGUAGAAAUGGAAGCUAGUAUAAUGUGGGGUCAAGAUCUUAAUUCUGGGGCCGUUACGCUAAUUAAAGAGUUCCAGCACCCCAUAAGUAUAGCCCGUAAAGUUUUGACAGAUACGCCGCAUUCCUUCUUAGGAGGAAACGGAGCUAAGCUGUUUGCACUAGAAAAAGGUUUCCAACAAGUACCACCAGAGUCAUUGAUAAGCGAAAGCGCUAAAGAGGCACUUAACGAUUUCUUGAACAAAGGCGAUGACCAGCGAACAGAAAUUGGAAAGAAAGAUGAGGGUGGUGUUGGAACAGUCGGUGCGGUAGCUAUAGACGCUGAUGGCCAUAUAGCUGUUGCUACAAGUACUGGUGGUAUAAAUGGAAAAAUGGUCGGACGUAUUGGAGACACGCCACUAAUUGGUGGUGGUACUUAUGCUGAUGACAAUGUUGGUGGGAUUUCAACAACAGGUCACGGUGAAUCAAUUUUGAAGUAUUGUUUGGCUCAUACUAUUAUCAAACUUAUGGAAGGCGGCCUCGAUGCAGAUACGGCUACUAGGCAAGCUGUAAUUGGUAUGACAGCACGCUUGAACAACACUGCUGGCGCAAUAACAUUAUCAAAAAACGGUGACGUAGGGAUCCACUUCAGUUCUAAAAGAAUGGCUUGGGCUUAUGUGAAGAACGAUAAGGUCUACUACGGAAUAGAACACGAUCAAACACUUGAAGAACCACUUUAAGAUAACAGCUGUAACAAGAAACCUAAACGUGUCUUUGAUAUACCUACAUUAACAAAUACCUAUCUACUUUAAUUCUUUAAAUUCUAAGUUCUUAAAAAGUUUUGUUUUUGUUAAUAGUUAUAUAUAUAGUUAUUCAGUUCAUUAAAUAAAUUAGGUACAUA